GUAACUCCCGAACUCGUUUCCACAUCACGAGGCGAACGAGGUACACUUCGUUUCAGCUCGUUAGUGCCGAAUUCCACCUCGAUUCGCCUUGCGGCAACAUUUGAUUGGGCAGCGAAGCUCGGCAACAUUCCGAAAGCCGAUCUGGUCUGGACUCUGAACUUGGUCAAGUGAAUUUGUGCGGCGUGCACAAUGCGCAUGCCAGCGCCAAGUACACCUCACACACGGUUUUCAAAUCGCCGUGUCCAUUGCCCAGCGCUAUUUUCGCUCGCCCAGUUUUGAGAAGAGGUCCCAUCAUCGCCUCUGAACCGUCUGUGUCAUCCUAACCAUGUCCAUGAGGGGCUCACCACACGCUACACUUUUCUUCGCCUGUUUUUUCUUUAUAUCUGUAGAAAGUCUAGCCUACGAUGCAGCCAUGCUCAGCAGACGAGCAGUCCCGGAAAUAGGCGGUUCACAAGGAGGUUUCAUCGGGCUCGUCGUCGCUUUGAGCGUGCUCAUUCUCAUCUGCUGUAUUGCAGUCUUCUUCCUCCUUCGCAACCAUGAACCCUCCGACCAAGAUCGCACUGCCCGUCGUGAGCGCUACCGCCGUAACCGCGACCACCAAGAACACGAUUCAACAGCUACCUCGCCAGGACACAGCUCCUUUGGAGACAAGCUCCGCGGGAUGUGGGCAGAUAGACACAGUAGUGGGAACAGGAGUGGUGGACGACGAGGUGGGCGUGGCUGGAUCCAAGCUGGCUCAGGUGACGAAUGGGAGAUUAAUUCAGAUCACGGCGAAGAACGUGGGGGGCAGCAGCCCAUGCAGCCCUUCUCCAGGUCUUUUCAAGAUGGACGUUACGGCCCCCAGGUCCCAGAAAUGGACUCACCGCUGUCAGAUGCGGAGUCGUAUGCACCAAUGCAUUAUAAGGAUCCGUAUGCAACGGGCCCAUUGCAUGUGACAUCACCACAGCGGGUGACUUUUGCACGGUCACAGUCGCCGUUCUCGCAAUCGAGCUCGCCCAGGUCCCCUGGAUCGCACCGAGAUGCAAGUGUGGAUGACGAAGAGGUGCGCCCGCCCGAUCACCGCCAUUUCUCUACACAAUCAUCAAUAUCAGUGCGGACUUUCGAGGGAGGCACAAAAUUUAUCGAGUCGUUCUAGGUUGUAAUAGCUAUGUUUUACCUUUACGCAUACACGUGUUAUCGUCUGUCAUCUUUUACUCUCGUGGUCUACGUCUACUUGUCACGCAUACUAGUAUUGUAUCAUUCGGACGCUCAUCUGUGCGGUUGUUCUUGCAUGAUCCCUUGCAGUGUAUCUUUAGUGAUACUCCUGUUGCUCCCUUGCUAAAUGCAUAUUAAUCACUGACCCUGGCGGAUAGUGCAUGCAUAGCGCGGCUCAUUAGAUACAGAGCCUCGGG